AUGCACCAGUUACCUCUCCACUGCGGGAAUAUACUUUGGGACCUGUCGGGCUACUACCAGUGCUGUCCAGUUCUGAAAGGCAAACACGGCCUCGGAGCAAUUCCAUUUUACAACUUCACUCUGUGGAUACUUUUAGGAUUUUUGACUUUUCCAUCUUGUGUUCAGUGUUUGAUUUUCAAAGUGGGAGUUCUGGGGCCGUGGAGCUGUGACCCCAUGCAUUACAAAUCACUCCCCUCGGCGGCAGCCCGCCUGGCUGUGAACAGGAUCAAUGAAGAUUUCACAUUAGACAUGGGAUGCAAAUUGGAUUUUGUGCUUCUGCAACAGCCAUGCGAAACGUCGAAGGCUUUGACAUCUUUUGUGAACUACGAGACACUUGUUGACGCCUUUGUAGGACCCGCUAAUCCCGGGUACUGCGCCCCAGCUGCACUUUUGGCCAGAAACUGGAAUAAGGCCAUGUUUUCAUGGGCUUGUGUUAAUUACGAACUGGACAGGGCCGAAGGCUAUCCGACUUUUGCACGGGCGCUACCGUCUCCGGCGCGUGUCCUUUUCACAGUGCUGAAAUAUUUCCGGUGGGCCAAUAUCGGCGUAGUCUCCUCCGACGAGGAUAUAUGGAUAGACACGGCUGGCAAACUGGCCAGCUCCCUGAGGAACCAGGGUCUCCCCGUGGGCCUCGUGGCAUCCGUGGGGAGUAGCGAAGAGGAGAUGAGGAGCGCCCUUAAGGACAUCCAAAACGCAGGGGAUAUGAAAGUCAUCAUAAUGUGCAUGCACUCGGCCCUGAUGGGAGCCGGGGGGAAGCAGCGGGCGUUUCUCCUGAAGGCGUACGAAAUGGGCCUGACGCGCGGGAAGUAUGUCUUUGUGCCUUACGACACGCUCCUCUACAGCCUGCCCUACGCCAACACCUCCUACGCCGCGCUGCAGAACGACACCAGGCUGCGGCAGGCCUACGACGCCGUGUUGACUGUCACUGUGGCGUCCGAGCUCACGUCCUUCAGCGAGGCGUUCAACAUGGCCAAAGGCUCUGGCGAGCUCAUUGUUACACAGGAUGCAGAACAGGUUUCCCCUCUGUUUGGGACCAUCUACAACAGCCUGUACCUGGUGGCCAAAGCCAUCGACAGCUCCAGAAGGGCGGGGAGGUGGCUCAGCGGCUCCAACCUGGCGCUCUACACCCGCAACGCCACCGUGAAAGGCUUCAACCAGUACAUACGCGUCGGCGGCGAAGGGGACGCCCAGACCAAUUACGUGAUCUUGGAUUCGGACGGCUGGGGAAGCCAGCUGUACCAGUGCUACCUGGUGGAGAUGGGCAGUGGCACGCUGCAGUUCGCUGGCAGGUCCAUCCACUUCCCUGGCGGAUCCUCGCCCUCUGCUGACUCGGCCUGUUGGUUUGACCCGGAUGCGGUCUGCACUGGAGGUGUGGAGAUAAUCUACGUUAUCAUUGUCCUGGUUGUCAUCUUGGUACUGACGCUUGGAGCCCUUGGUUUAAGUCUUGUCAUCAGAUGGAGAAUCCAGCAGAUCCAGCUGGUGAAAGGGCCCAACCGAAUUCUGCUGACGCUCGAGGAUCUGACAUUUAUAGACCCUCAGCUGAGCAAACAGAAAAUCACCUUAGACGAUCUGAGUGAUUCCAAGAGUGCCAUUGGCGACAAGUCAGCUGAACAGUUGAACUCAGAGACAUCGGAGACAGAGGGGCCAUCCAAUGUUGCUGUUUAUGAGGGGGACUGGGUGUGGUUGAAGAAGUUCAAAAUUGGACAGUUCAAAGAAGUGAAACAGAGCACAACCAAGAUUUUCACCAAAAUGAAGGACCUCAGGAAUGAGAAUGUGAAUCCAUUUCUGGGCUUUUUUGUGGACUCUGAGAUAUUUGCCAUGGUGACGGAGCACUGUUCUCGUGGGAGCCUCCAUGACCUUUUGAGGAAUGACGACGUGAAGUUGGACUGGAUGUUUAAGUCUUCACUGCUGCUAGAUCUCAUCAAGGGCAUGAAAUAUCUUCAUCACAGGGACUUUCCCCAUGGACGGUUAAAAUCCAAAAACUGCGUCGUUGAUGGGCGCUUUGUCCUCAAGAUAACAGACUAUGGUUUCAAUGACCUUUUAGACAACCAGAAAGCACCCAAAGAAAUGCCCCCACCAACAGAGUUAUUUUGGACAGCCCCGGAGCUCUUGCGAGACCUGGAGUAUUCAAGGAAAGGGACGUACAAAGGGGACGUUUACAGCUUUGCCAUCAUCCUUCAGGAGGUGGUGGUCCGAGGAGCACCGUACUGCAUGCUGGGAUUGCCUCCAGAGGAAAUCAUUCGCAAGGUGAAGAAACCUCCCCCGAUGUGCCGGCCGACGGUGGCCCCAGACCAGGCCCCUCUGCAAUGCAUUCAGCUCAUGAAGCAGUGCUGGGGGGAACAGCCGGACAGGCGGCCCACCUUUGAUGAGAUCUUUGAUCAGUUUAAGCUCAUCAACAAAGGCAAGAAGACCAACAUCAUAGACUCUAUGCUGCGGAUGCUGGAGCAGUACUCUUCCAACCUGGAGGAGCUGAUCAGGGAGAGGACUGAGGAGCUGGAGGUGGAGAAACAGAGGACAGAGAAGCUCCUCUCUGAGAUGCUCCCACCUUCUGUGGCAGAAGCACUGAAGACUGGUGCCACGGUGGAGCCCGAGUACUUUGACCAAGUGACCAUCUACUUCAGCGAUAUUGUGGGGUUCACCACCAUCUCCUCUCUCAGUGACCCCAUCGAAGUGGUCGACCUUCUAAAUGACCUCUACACACUCUUCGAUGGUGUACUGAGUAAACAUGACGUGUAUAAGGUGGAAACCAUCGGGGACGCUUACAUGGUGGCAUCAGGACUGCCCAAACGCAACGGCAACAAACACGCCGCCGAGAUUGCCAACAUGUCUCUGAACAUCCUGAGUUCAGUCGGCACCUUCAAGAUGAGACACAUGCCAGAGGUGCCCGUCAGGAUACGCAUUGGCAUUCACUCCGGGCCGUGUGUUGCCGGGGUGGUGGGGCUGACGAUGCCUCGUUACUGUCUCUUUGGAGACACCGUCAACACAGCCUCCCGGAUGGAAUCCACAGGACUGCCUUAUAGAAUCCAUGUGAACAUCAGUACCGUGAAGAUCCUUCGCUCUAUGAACGAGGGUUAUAAAAUUGACGUCCGAGGCAAGACAGAGCUGAAGGGAAAAGGUAUUGAGGAGACUUACUGGCUUGUGGGGCAAUCUAGUUUUACAAAGCCUUUGCCAAAGCCACCCGAGAUCAAACCAGGAGACAACUGGCAAGACAUGGUGACAGAAGAGAUUAAGCACUUAUUCCGCAAGGCCAACAGGCAGGUGGACAAGAAGGUUUGAGGAUGACCCGGAAGGACAACAUCAAAGAGCUGCAGAAGGACUCCAGACAUGACACCAACCAGCGCCCAGAUUCAGGGAUGU